UUGUUGGUCAGAUAUGAGUUUGGCAAGAUGUGUUUUUGGUCAAAGAUGGGGGAGCCAACUAAACAAAUUAAUUUUAAUGAAAUUUCAGGUGUCCAUCAUACCUACUAAACAUUUUCUUGGACAUACACUUAUUUGUCAUAAGAACAAAAUUUUUGAUAAUGAUUAUAAAGAAAAGAUGAUGACUAUUUUAUUGUCUGGUCGCGCGUCUGAAAUUUUUUUCUUUCAAAGUCCAUCAUCAUUAACAGAAAAUGAUUUCGACAAGUUUAAACAAAUUGCAAAUUCACUUGAUUUGCCUAAUUUAACCAAAGAAGAUAGGGAUAAAAAAUUAAUUGAAAUAUGCAAUAAAUGUAGAGAAGAAGCAAGCAAUUUAAUCGAAAAUAAUUCUAUUGCUAUUGAAAAGUUGUCCAAUGAAUUGUUAAAAAGUAAAGAAAUUGAGGAUGAUGCCCUCACAAUUAUGCUCAAAAAUAUUUAUGAGGAAGAGAUGGUUCGUAAAAUGCGAAGAUAA